CGAAGGGAGGUACCGCCCAAUGCACGUUGAGAGCCUUGACUCUUUCCACCGCCGCUCCUAGAUCCGCACCGGCUUGACGACGUAACAUAUUGCAGCAGACCGUUAGGUUUUCCGCAAAACAGGGUUUAUUGGCUCCGGUGGGCUGUUGAUCCUUAACAUGGCUACCGCGCAGAAAGAGAGCGAACAGAAUGAUUGUCACGCCGGCUUCCAAUCAGCUUUUAAGUCAUUCGCAACAGUUGCGAUCCACGUUGGCCAGGAGCCAGAGCAGUGGAAGUCCAUGGCAGUAGUACCCCCCAUCUCUCUCUCCACCACGUUCAAGCAGUACGGACCCGGGAAACACGCUGGCUUUGAAUACAGCCGGAGCGGGAAUCCCACUAGGAACUGUUUGGAGAAGGCUGUGGCAGCACUGGAUGGAGGAAAAUACUGUCUUGCUCUUGCCUCUGGACUGGCUGCCACCAUGACCAUCACUCACAUGUUGAAGUCCGGGGAUGGUAUUGUUUGCAUGGACGACGUGUAUGGAGGGACGAACCGCUACUUCCAGAGGAUAGCUACUGAACUCGGUUUGAAAGUGGAUUUUGCUGAUUGUACACAACCGGAAAAGCUGAAGGCAGCUCUUAAGCCCAAUACUAAGCUUGUAUGGAUCGAAACUCCCACCAACCCCACCAUGAAGGUAGUUGACAUCAGGGCCUGCAGUGACCUCGUCCACGAACACAACAAGGAUAUCGUGGUGGUAGUGGACAACACUUUCAUGUCUGCCUAUUUCCAGCGCCCCCUGGCUUUGGGAGCUGACAUUUGCAUGUACUCUGCAACAAAAUACAUGAAUGGCCACAGUGAUGUCGUCAUGGGCCUGGUGUCGGUGAGCAGGGAUGACCUGUAUGAGCGACUUAAGUUCCUACAGAAUGCCCUGGGAGCCGUGCCCUCCCCCUUCGACUGCUACCUGUGCAACCGUGGCCUGAAGACCCUGCACCUUCGCAUGGAGCAGCACUUCAAGGGGGGCUUGGCCGCCGCCAAGUUUCUGGAGGCGGACCCCAGGGUGGAGCGAGUCAUCUUCCCAGGCCUGCCCUCCCAUCCGCAGCAUGACGUGAUGAAGAAGCAGUGCACUGGGUGCCCGGGAAUGAUCACCUUCUACAUCAAGGGCCAGCUAGAGCACGCGAGUGCCUUCCUCAGCAACCUCAAGUUGUUUUCGAUUGCUGAGAGUCUUGGAGGCUAUGAAAGUCUAGCAGAACACCCGGCGAUAAUGACUCACGCGUCCGUACCGGAGAAGGAGCGGGAAGUGCUUGGCAUCAGUGACACCCUGAUCCGUCUCUCUGUGGGGCUGGAGAACGUGGAGGAUGUCAUCAAGGACCUGGAUCAGGCCCUGAACGCUGCACAUCCCAAGCAGUGAACUACUUCCCAGAGUGCCAUCAUGAUUGCUGGAUAGUUGGCCAGCAGCAAGAAAUGGGGAAAUGACGAUGCGUUAUGAAAACCUUGAGUGAGCGAACUCGAUGGCACCUCAACGCAGCGGCAGGACAUCGGUUGGGAUGGAUUUAUCAGGGACUAAUGGGAACUAUUGAAGUUGCAUAUGAUAUACUUACAUUCUGUUAAUAAAUACACAUCAUUUUUACUGAAGUUAUGUUAAUUGCGGGUUCUAGUAGUUGGUCUAGGGGAGGACAUUGCCAUUUUCUAUACAUCCUAUGGUGCUUUUGCUUUUUCAUGUUUAUAUGUGGUUUAUUAUUAUUAUUAUUAUUAUGGAAUUAUGGAAUUUGAUUGGGCAGAAUGAAAUGGGGUCCUGUAUGGACUAAGCUGGUAUGUAAUGUUCCAGAGAGAAAAAUAAGACUCAAGAGAUCAAAUGCAAGGCAAACCUACUUUUGUUUAAGGUGUGUGUGUGUGUGUGUGUAGGAUUAAGUGUCUUCUAGUGGAAAGAAGAUGGCAGAUUUUUCAUGAAAUAUUCAAUUGUAUGUUUUAAUUAAUGUAUAAUCCAACGAUAAUAAGAAGUACCUACUGACACCUUACAUGCCAGUCCAGCGUUGGAGAGCUUAGGGGAGGGAAGACAGUUGUUUGCCAUCUGCAACCUCACCACUAGAUGUCACUAAAUCCUACACACUGCGAGAUACCUCUAAGAUACAAUACAUUGCAAGUUUUUGUCUAGCUGCUUGUAUAUCAAGACAAGCAGCACAAAGAUAUAAACUAGCUGGACUUAUCAAUAAAUAGUGAUCCACAGUACUGUUUGUUUGCUGAACUUUGUGUAUAACAACUUGAACCCCAGCCCUCUCAUGAACAGUUGAAAGGAACAUAUUAUAUAUGUUAUAUAUUAUGUAUAGGCUACUUUCAAUGAGAAAGGGUUUGAGUUUAAAAUAUCAAAUCCACAAAUUACAUCACGCCUCGCUUGUGCAAGACACUGUGCAUGUUUUCUAUUGGAUCUCUUACCCAUAAAAACUCUUCAGUACUUGAAGAAAAAAAUACAUUUAUUUGAGGUCAGAAACUGCUUAGGAGAUACUACAGUGGUCAAUUUGUUUUCAUUCUCCCUCUGUUUGCACGAGCACAUGCCUCAGUUUAAAAUACCCCUCAAGUGAACAAAAAAUCCAUUCAAAUUGCGGUGGAGUCCCCAUUUAGCCCCCAACUCCCUCUUGUAGAAACUAAGUCGUGGUAACGGGGAUUCAGCCUCUGUUACCUUGGGACAGUCAAUAUAGGCUACGGGCAAUCGGUCAUGGAGAAGCGUUGCUAGGGAGGCGGGCCAGGUUGUCUCAGACGGUUGGAAUGAGUUAGGCUUCGACUUGAAUACUUCUGUGUUAAGCUAGGGAUCGAGUUCUUUCCCAAAAGGCCAAUGAUCAGUUUCUAAAGAUUUGGGCGACUGCAAUUUUAAUAACUUUCACCUUU